UAUUAAAUUUUAGAAGGUUAAAUUCGAUUAGUGAUUCUAUUUUAAUUUUGUGAAUUAAAUAAAUAGAAUAUAUUUUUUAAUUCAAUUAUAUAAACUAUAAACAAAUUAAUUUUUUUUUAAUUUUUUACACUUUUCGUUAAUUGCCUAUAUAUACAAACAAUAACAGCGAUAAUAAUAAUUAACCAAUAAUUUUUACAUAAAUGUGUUUUUAAUUAAAAGUAAUAUUUUCAUUGUUUACAAAAAUAAGGAUUUUUUUCCCCUAAAAGUAAAUGGAAUUCCCAAAAAAAAAAACAUCGAUGACUAGUUUUUCUCGUUACUAAAGUUUUUCUUGAAGGCCCAGUGUUUGAUCUAUAUCCUACGCCUUGGAUACCAAAGAAGUAGUAUUUCAUAGCCUAUCUUUAAGCCCUGUCAAAUUAUCUUCAAAAUUUAAUUUUUUUUUUCAAUUUACAAAAAAAAAAAAAAAAAAAAAAUGUAAAAAUUUCUACCGUGUGUUAAUAUUAUAAUUUAUUCCACUAUACAUUAAAAUAUUUAAUUACAAAUUUUCAUCUUGUACAAUUUUAUACAAUAUUGAUAAUAAAAUGUCAAAAAGUCUGUUUAUUAUUCACUCAUUUUUAUAAAGGAAAACUUUACAAUGUAUUCAAGUUUAGUAAAAGAAACAGAAACAGGAAUUUCCCCUUUACCAAAUGUACAAAAGACUUUAAAGAAAAAUUUACCUGAAAGAAUUCAAUCACCUCAAGAUGAAAAAUAUUCAGAAAUAUCAAUGAAAACAUUUCUUGAUUUUAUGAGAACCGCUUAUCAAGUAAAUAAUUGUUUUGAUUUAAAUUCAUUGUUAAGUGAAAAAAGUGCAAUUGAUUGGAAUUCUCUUGUGAAAACUGAUUUAGAUGUAAUAAACGAAGAAAUCACUCCCGAAGAAUCACAAAUAAAAAAUGAUGAAGAUAACGAUAAAAGUAUAGAAAUUGAAAAUUUACAAAUUCAAAAACAAGAAAAUAAUUCGAAAAAUUGUACAAAAAAUAUUAAUUCACCGCAAAUUUCAAAAAAAACAUCACCAAAAUAUGAAAAUCAAGAUAAUGAGAAUGAAGCAACAAAUGUUGUUACAAGUAAAACAUCAAGUGAAAUUAAGGAACAUCAUCAGGAGAAAGAAGAGAAAAAAAUACGAGCCGAAACAUCAAUGAAAAUGAGAAAAAAAUCAAUUGAAAAUUUGGAAAAUAAAACUGAAACAUUUUUAACAAAAUCGAUGAAAAAAAAAUUAAGUGAAGUUCUUCAUGAAGGUCUAUUGGAUUCUGUGCUGCCUUAUAUGGUGCCAAAAACAGCUGCUUCUCAGCCCGCUAUUAAAAAAUCAUCAGCGAAUCAUAAUAAUACAAAAAAAACACUUUCCACCAAUAAUUUGGAAUCCAAAUCAUCGACAUCAUUAUUUAAAGAUAAGGACAAAAAAAUUAGCGAUACCGAGAUAGAAAUUCAUGUAUGUGAUGAAGCGAAAAAUGUAAAAAAAGAUUUUCGUUGUCCACAAAAAUUAUUAAUUCAAAAAAUGUGUUAUUUCGCUGAUGUGACUGCCGGUCAAAAACUAGAAGAAAUGGAUAUAUCCGUGCAUUGUGAUAUAGUAAUUUUCGAUUGGCUAAUGAGAUGGGUGAAAAAGGAUUUAAUUAAAAAAUCCGAAUGGCCAAUUCUCGAGCCAAAUAAUGUUAUUCCCAUAAUGGUAUCGGCUUCUUUUUUACAAAUGGAUCCAUUAACUGAGACUUGUCUUAAUUACAGUUAUCACAAUAUGUCUGAAGUAUUAAAAACUUCGACAGUAAUGACUUGUUUAAAUGACAAUCUUCUCACAAGAUUAGCAAAUUUAUUUAGCAAUUCGGAUCUUGAAAUUGUAAAAGAUAAAAAGGACAAAAUACAAAGUCGAUUAUUUUGCAAAUUAAUUAUAUCCUUGGGUGAAGCAACACCGGAUAAUAAACGAGGACAUUUUAGUUCGUUAGCCACAUUAUUCAAAUGUGGUAAAUGCGGUAAAUAUAUAGUGAGAUCAAUUUCCAAUUUUGUCCCCUGUAUUCCAAGUGCCAUGCUACUUGAUAAUAGAGGAAAUUUACACAGCAGACACACAAGGGAUCCUGCUUGGAAUUUGAAUGAUUACAUUACAUUGCUUCGAAAUGAAUUGAAAUCGUGGAGAAAAGUUUAUUGGCGAUUAUGGGGCGAUUGUCAUUUUAUUUCAUGUCAACAAUGUGGAAAUUAUUUUCCAAUUAAUCAAAUGGAUUGGUGCUCCUAUCAUUCGGAAGUUCCACAAUUUUUUGUACUCGAACAACAAAGAGCAACACCAUUUCCACUAGGAAGAUAUCCAUGUUGUAGUCAAAGAGCUUAUAGAUUUGAAGCUUUGCCUAAUAAAGAAGGAUGCAAAUUUCGGGAACACAUACCACUUUUAAAAUCGGCACAAGAUGAAGGCACUUUGAAUAUAUUUGCAAAUCAUCGGGAUUUGAUAGUAAUAGAACCGCCGCAAUUAUUUUUUCCAGAAAAAAUAACAAGACUGGCGGCGCGUGAUUCUUUGAUACCGCUUGGAAAAUUAUCGUGUAAAGAAACUAUGUGGUGGGAAGGAAUUGAAUUGGUACCGCCACGACAGAAACUCGGUUUACUUGGAAAAAUUUGGAGUGGUUCAGGACUACGUAAACCUUGUGCGCCACUCGAGAAAAUAAUGAGUAAAGGACGUCAAUCAUCACAAACGACAGAUGUUUCGUCAUUGGUUUCAUCCGAAACCGAAAGUGAUGAUGACAAUUUAACAAGUGGUUGCAAAUACAGCAGUUUCGAUGACGAUACACUAAGUAGCGAGGAAUCAAAUGUUUUGCCAUCACUUAAAUCAAGCCGACAUAAAACAAAGGCGCGUCCUUUCAAAAGAAGUGAUGGUGGUGGAUCGUGGAGUGCAAAUUUACUCACUCGCUAUAAUCAAGACAAUCAGAGGGAUUUCGAAGAAAAAGCCGCGGCUCAAAUGAUUACUAUGCUGACAAAAAGAAUAUUAUUUCAAAAUGGAUUAAUGUCAAAAACAUAUCAACACGGAAAAUUGCAUGGAUACUAUUGGAAUAUUUACGCGCCUAUAGGUGGGACCUACGUUAAAUUAGAAGCAGAUUUCCUUGAACAAAUACAAGCGUCAAAAGCAAAAAAUUCGACACAAGUCAAGGGCACAAGAAACAAAUCCGCAAAAACAAACUAGUUCAAUUCAAUUUUUUUUUGUUAAAUUUUACUAAUGUAAUACGUUAGAUUGUUUAUCGUUAAAAAAAAAACUAUUUAAAAAAACUGUUGCACAAUUUUGUUAAAUAUUUGAACAUUUUCGUUAAUAAAAAAAAAAAAAAAUAUUCAAACUUAAAUUAAAUUUUGCAACUAUUACUUUUUUUGCCCAUGAAAUA